AUGGUCUCUACGCCGCCACGACGUGGCGGGAAGGAAAAGGCGCCAAAAUGGAGGGGGAGGGGCGCGGGGCGUGCGAGGAGGCGGGAGCCGGGUGUUGAGCUGCGAGGGAGGAAGGAUGGGGAGGGGCGUAUCGAUUCAAACCCAAACAAUAACAAAGCCAUCAAAGGCCGCCCGAGGCCGGCUCUGCGGCUCUCCAUUUCUCGGGGUUUUUGGGUCAAGGGCUAA